AUGGCGUCGAGCGAUGAGUCCAACGCGGCGCACAGUUGCGAGCUCGUCGAGCGUGCGAAGAGAGAAAUCACCGACGCGCGUCGGCGAAACGAAGAUUUGGAAACUCGUCUGACGCAGACGACGAGCGAGUUGGAGGCGUUGAGAGAAAAACUCGGUCCGGACAUGGAGCGUGCGCGGUUAGAGGGUGCGCAAUCCUAUCGCGUUCGCAUCGAGGCUCUGACGACCGCGCGAGACGACCUUCAACGCGAAGUCGAGGCGAGGCAGAGCAAAAUCGACGAGCUCGAACGCGCCGACGCCAAAGCGCGCGCGCGGUACGACGAACUCAGGCGUGGAGCGGAGUUUAAGAUUCAGACUCUCGAGCAACGCUGCGCGAACGCCGAGCGGCGCGUGUUGGAGAAGGAGGCGAGCGUGCGCGUGGCUGCGACGGCGCGCGACGCGGCUGAGCGACGGUGCGAAGAGCACGAAAAGAUUCUCGAGAAGUCGUCGUCGCAAGACGUCGUCAUCACUUCUUUGCUCGCUAAGCUCGAGCAACGCGUGUGCGAGCUGUAUGCCAAAGCCGACAGCGCGGCAAAGCUCAUGCAAACGCAGCGUAAAGGAGACGCGACAAAAAUGGCAAAGUUGCAGGCUCGCGUUCGCGCGGCGAGACGCGCGCGAGACGCCGCGAAGACGCGAGCGUCGCGACUCGUUCGAGAAAAUGAAGAGUCCUUGAUGCGCAUUGGAAUCAUGGAAGUUCAAUUGAAAGAUGCCGAGCGUAUGAUCGAGAACGCCAACCGCGAGUGGUUGGCGGAAUGUAGACGUCGCGAAACCGCGGAGAGCGUCUCGUCCCGCGCCGAGGACGAACUCGGGGAGAUCAGAGCGAAGAUGAACGCGCUCGAGAGCGACAGAGCGGUGGUGCAGCGCGAAAACCAAAAGUCAUACGCCAUGGCGCUCGAGCAAAACGUUCACGCCGAGGAGCGCAUCGCUGAAUUGACGAGUCAACUGGAGGCUUUGAAGUCGGACCUUGCCGCCGCUUCGGAAGCGUUGGCGGCGGCUCAAGUGGACGUGAAUGCGGCGACAACCCGCGAGCAGUCGCUUCGCUGGAAAUCUCAGGAGUUGGAGUCGUCGAACGCCAACCUUCAGCGCGCGAUCGACGAGCAGCGCGCCGCAAUCGACGAACGCGACGGCGUCGAAGCCACCUUGGCCAAGCGAGAGGAAGAGCUCGCCAACGCCGAGGCGCGCUCAGCUCGACUCGACUGUGAGCUCACGGAUGCGAAGAUCGACGCGCGACGCGCGAAAGAGGCGAUGGCAAAAAUGCAAAGCGAGUUGGACGCGCUGCGAGCCCAGAGACCGGCGUCAUCGCUCUCGAGCGAGCUCGCCGUCGUCGAGGCGAUUCGCCGCGACCUUGCCACCCCCGAACCCGCGAAGACAGUUCCAGGCGCGCUCGCACUGAGCCCCGACCAAGUUCAGCCAUCAUCCACGACGGCGACGACGACGACGACGAUCAUCGUCGACGCACCGCCGGAACAGAAGGAACAGACUCGGUCGACGCAACCGUCGCCCGCGCGUCGCGCGCGACGCCGCGCCAAUCCGUUCGCCGACAAGGAGAACCCCGACGCCUCUCCCAAGCUCACCGCCGUCCCUCGCCGACAACACACCAACGCCCCUCUGUCCCCGUUAUCACUCCUAGGCGUGCGAUAA